AUGCUGGGAAAGGAUGGUGGAGUUCACUGGGUGGGGGAGUGACGAGAGCGAAAGAGAGAGAGGGAGGGUGGGAAUGCAUAAAAAGAGCCUGCCGAGGCUGGCUCUGGCUCGCAUUCCCGACUGGAUUACUAGACAAGUUGGAGAGUCUCAAGGAAGGUCGCUGAUAGCUAGCGGCGUGGGAAUCGCGCGAGCAUGGAGAGCGUGGCAAACUGGCUGGUGGACAAUCGGGACAAGAUCGAGAAAGGCUUGGACGUGAUGGGCCAGGCGUCGGAGGUCCUGGCCGCCACGGUGGGCCAGCUGCACCCCAUCCUGGAGGCCGUCUUCCUGGCCUCGGCUGAGAUACUCAGCAACCCGGAUGGCAAGGAGGCCGUUUACCUGAGCCAGAAGAUCGAGCAGGUCAACCAAAAGCUGGCGGGCGUCCAGAGCGACAUCGACCAGAUCGCCCUGGAGCUGCAGAAGACCUCCAUGAACAAGCAGAACUUUGACCGGGAGGCUCAAAUGCUGGGCCAGUACGAGAAGUUCCAGGAGUUUGUCAACGCCAAGCCCAGCAUGAAACAGAAGAAGAAGGACAAAUUCCUCAAGUAUUACGAGAACACCGAGGCCGACCUCAACCUGGAGGCGCUCUACAACGCCGUCACGGGGGAGAACGCUUCCGGCCGGCCCUUGCUGGAUACGGUGGUCGACACCGAGCAGAGGAGCCGGCGGGCGGUAGAGGACUUUUGCGCUCGCCUCAAGAAGCUCUUUGUGGUGGGCCUCAUCGCCGUCAUGGGCUAUGCCGCCCUCAAAGAGGGCGCGGUGGAGAACAACACCGUGGUCAAGUGGCAGGAGCGCAUGGAGGACGUGGAAACCCGCAUGAAGGCCGCCGUGGAGCACUGCGCUGAGACCUUCGCCGACCAGGCCAAGCUGGACCUGGAGGACACGUUGAAGGACGGCCAGUGCGCGGUGGGCCAGGACUUGACCGACUCGCUGCUGGCGGCGCUGGUCAAGAAGUACGACUGGGUCAAGUGGUCGGUGCGCGCCUUCAACAGCCGCGAGCGCAUCUUCUUCUACAACUGGCUGGCCGGACGCAAGUUCCACGGCAGCGGCGGCGCCAACUGGUUCGAAGUGGCCACGGGCAACAAGGUGAAGGUGGUGGUGUCCUUCUGCGUGGACCCGCCGCCCGUCGACAAGGCGGGAAUCUGCGAGCAGAUCGAGCGGCAGAAGCUGAAAGGCAACAUGAUGGCCGUGGCCCUCACGCUCAACCGCAUCUUCCCCGAUUGCCUGGUGCACGCCGUCAGCCACUACAAGGAGGUGGUGGAGUCCAACAACUUCAGCGUGGAGUCCUACUACUACGGCAAGCACAAGCGGGCCUUCCUCUGCAUCCAUCCGCAAUAGAAGGCUGCCAUAACAUCCUCCCUUCAGCACUGCCAAAAUUAAAAAUGAUUACAUUUGAGACGUUAACUCAGCGGCCGCAAUUGACGGCGCUAGACCUCCGAUCCGUUUCAACUGGUAGGAUUGGCGGCGAAAGACUCCUGCCUGCCUCCCACUUCAAUUUGAUUGGACUUCUACUCACGGUAAACUCAUUUCAAUUGACGUCAAAAGCAUGAAAAGACCUGUUGUUGCCCCUCAGGGCAGCCAUGUUGGUACAGGCUAAGUCAAUGCAUUGACAUUCAAGUGAAGUUAUAACUAGCUUUGUUCUUGAGAAAAUUAUUUUAUCAAUGGCAAAGCAUCUGCUAUUUACUCAUACCUGUAAUGUCUACCAUUGACAGUUGUAGAUGUCCAAUCUAUUUGAAGUGGGAGGCUGGCAUCUGCAAAGAAAAAUCACAAAAAGAGUAACAAAAGCAUGACAAGACAAUACAAAAUGGCCUCACAGUGGUCAUGUUGGUAGGAGCAAUGUUCCUAUUAAAGUCAAUGCAUUGGCAUGAAAUCGAAGUCAUAACUAAAUGUCAACAGAUGUAUCGGUCAACCUUUAGAAUAAAGAUCAUUA